AAGUAGAUAAAAACUUCAAACUGUCUGCUUUUUCCAAAACAUGUAAACCUUAAAAAAUCUUAACACAUUGUCCAUUUAAUAAAACCAAACUCCCAAUUUUAGUAUUGUCUUGCAACUACUUACAUUAUUCAAGAAAUAAUAUUUAUGGUUGUUGGUGGCAAAUUAUGGGAUUUACUAGAACACUAUGCGCGCCAUGAUGGACCCGAUUUCUUGAGAGAAAAAGGAUCACAGUCGAUCUUUCAUAAUGGAUAGUCCAACAUGAAACAGCUAUUGAGGCAACCCAUUUCCGUCAACCUCAUCUCUGUCUCACUUUCUUCCGUACCAUCAAUCCACGCUCCAAGUUUGGAGUGUCUCCUGUUUUUGUUGUUGACGAGACUCCGUUGCCAAUGAAGUCUCACGCGAGAAUAGCAAGGUUUUUUCUGUUUUCGGGGGUUGAUAUUCCGGGUUUGCUGGUGGCUGAAAAGGGUUUUUCGGUAGAGAGGAAAAGACUUUUCUGAAAUGUGUUCGAUGGGGGUGUGGAACUGCUUGAACUAUUUGGUAUGCCUGUUUAAAAAAGCCAAUGGUGAAGCUGAAGCACUGUGUGCUCAGUUAAAUGCCAAAGGCCAUGUGGAUGCUUGUAUAACAGCUGAUAGUGAUGCUUUCCUUUUUGGGGCUAAGUUUGUGAUAAAACCUCAAGCCUAAUACCAAAGAACCAUUGAAUGCUACCAUAUAUUGAAGCUGGUCUUGGGUUGAAGAGGAAACACUUGAUAGCUAUCUCUCUCUUGGUUGGAAAUGAUCAUGAUCUAAAUGGCGUGCAAGGGGUUGGGCUUGAGAAGGCUUGUUGUUUUGUCUGAAGUUCCAGUGAGGACAAGAUAUUGGACCCGUUACGUGAAAUUGGCAAUGGGAACACUCUAUUUCAAAUUGGCUCAAAAGUUGUAGAUGAUUUAAUGCUUGAUCUAGAUGAGAGCCUAGUAAAGUCAAAAACUUCUCAUUGUUCCUUCUGUGGGCAUCCAAACAGCAAAAGAGCACAUUUCAAGUCAACUUGUGAAUAUUGUGGCACUAGUAAUAUUCAGGGUUUGCUUAAGAAAGCCAGAGGGUUCUAAGUGUAAUUGUUCCUCCUGUAAUGAGGAUCGAAAAGAAAAGGAGCGGCAAAACCAUGAAAAUUGGCGCAUAAAAGUUUGCAGCAAGAUAUCCAUGGAGCCAAACUUUUCAAAUGAUGAUAUCAUUUGAAUGCAUUUGUGCAUCAAUCAUGGAAACUUUACUGCUGAUGAUGGCUCAUGCUUAUUGCUCGUGAGGUACCCAGGCAUUGAGAUGCUAAUUGAUUUCUUGGAUUUUCAUCAGCACUGGGAACCAUCUUAUGUUCGACAGGGAAUGUCUCCCAUGUUGUCCACCAUAUAUUUGCAAGAAAUUUCUGCCAAGCCUUAGAAAACCAUGUUGUAUGGGCAGUGUGUAUUUGAUUCUAUCCAGCCUGUGAAAAUAAGACGGACACCAAUCUUAUGUGAUCAGGUGGAGAAAAGCCACAGGUACAGCAAGCAGUCUUAUCCAUACCAACUGUAUUGAAGAGUCUGACAGGCCUUAAGAAGAGAUCAUUGAAAUUGAUGAACUAGUUGAUCAAUUGGACGAGGACGCCGCCCCCAGAUUCAUAUUGAUGAUGGGUAUUGCUUCCUGUUGACAGAUGAAAAUAUGGAGCUUGCUUGUGCUUUUUCAGAAGAAGUUGAAAGUUUUUGCAUAAGGAACGGAGAGCUUCAUAAAGAAGAAAGGGUUCAGCUUAAGAGCUGAAGGGUCCGAUGAAAAGUCGGAAUCAACAAAGUCAAAACAUGUCCAACUUAGUACAACAGAAUUUUAUCAUUCUGCUAAGGUAGCAGCAAUUCAUGCAAAACAAUGAGAUCUAGCCAAUAAUUCUGAAAAUCAACAGGAUGGGACAUCAAAACAGAAGAGAAAGGUUUCAAGUUCAAACCUUCCAAAGUCUAUGAGACGUAGCCUUUUGUUUAAGUAGGACAUUUAGGGACUUCAGAUAUGAAUAUGUACAUAAACUGUUAGCCUUAGAACCAUUAUUGUGGAUAAGUGGAGGAGAAUUCUUGUACAUGAAUGAUAAGUCUACUUUUUGUUGAUUUGUAGAGAAGCCCGCUCUCUUUGUAGGAAAUAUAGCAGGUUUAUCUUUACAGUCCAUUUAUACCGGGUAGCUUUGCUGCUUAACAACUUUUAACGGGUGCACAUUUAAACUACAGAGUGACCAAUUCCAGGCUCUAAAUAUAACGUGUUACAGAACAAAUCGGUAAUAUUGACGGGAAGAUCCAGUUAGUAGGAAACAUUGACCUUCAAUUGGGUAAUCAACCGAUAGUCAAUUGGCUUCUUCUCUCUAGACUGAGUCUCUUAUGAUCAGUAUUUUCUUCAAACACUCAACCUACACCUGAUUUCCAUAUUAUCUUGCACCAAUCACUAGAAAUAUCAUAUUGUAAUCCAUAUCUAGUGUUUGGUAGUUUCCCCUACUCUUAUUACCAAAUACCUUCAUAUGAACCUGGAUAUUAGGGGAAGUAAAUAGUUGUUACUGAUUUUCGAUGGCUCUGAAUUCUUCUAAAAUAGUUCUGAAACUUGAUUUGUUAUUUUAUUAUGGAGCUUGAGCUUGAUUACUAAUAUAGGAAAUGAAAUAAAUGUAAAUAAUGUUAAUAUAAUUUUGAAUUACACCUAUUUUUUUUUUUUUUAUCUAAGUACUAAAUAUAUUAGCCUCAACUUGAAUGUUAUAAUCAUGUUAGGUGUAUUUUAUAUUUAAUCUUCCAUCCAAGCUAUAAUAAAAUAUUGUUUGUAUUUACUCUUUUAGAUAAUCAUCUAAAUUAUAUUUUAUGUUUACGAACAUUUUGAAUUGAGUAUUUAAAUGUUGCAACUUUUCAUAAAAAUAAUUGAACUUUGAAAUUGUGAUCAAACUUGGUGAAUGAGUAUUUUAUCAAAUCUAACAAGAGUCAAGCUCAAUUAGUUUGGUUCAUUAUAGAGCAUUGCAAGAUAUUAAAUAAGCUUUAAAACACUCCCUUCUAUUCUGUUCCCUGUAAUGAGAAGUAAUAGCAUUGGUUAUCAUCCCAAACACCAUUGAGUUGAACAUUUAUGGGUGGGUACUGUCAUCACAUGUUUGGUUACAUUCAUGUGAUGACAGUAUGAGCAAUAUAAAAAGUUCAUGCAUAAGGGUUUUCUUAUGUAUUCAAAUAUGGAAAAUUGUGCACACUUCCUAGAGAGGAAACUUAUCAAGCGACCUGGAGUUCUGUAUAUAUGGCAAUCUUAGGGGUAUACUGGCAAGCUAAUUAAACUUUGUUGACUACCAUCAAUUUUCAAUUGACAGUUACAAGGCUAGUGCUGCCAUUUUAGAAUGCUCUGCACAUCUUCCCAAGUGAUUGUCAAAAAAUUUCUAUGAUCAUUUUGUUUUAUCAAACUUGAACUUUAAUUCCAGAUACGCUUUAAUAGUUUUGUAGAGUAAUUUAUUGAGGAGCCUCCUGGUUUGGAUUCAACAUCUGGGCAAAGUUUGUUGCUAUCGGGGAAUGCUUUAAAUAAUCAUCUAUGCUUGUGUGAAGUGAUUUGUCCAUCCAUAAUGUGGGGUCCACAUGCCAUGAACGGACAGGAUCAUCUCACUUUGCGUGGAGAACUGUACAAAUCUUUUCUCAAAGAUUCUUUCCUUGGGAAGCUACCAUAUGUACUUGAUUAUCGGUUAUAUGUAGGCACCUCAAAAUAAAUGCAGACAUCCUAUAUUUUACAGCAGAAGCAUAUCUAUCUGAGUCUCCCUCUCUGUGCCUGUCAAAUUGUCCCUCUCUCCCCUGUAGGUUCUGUUCCAGACAUGACUAGUGAGCAGUUUCUCUCAGUUGAAGUUACAAAAAAUAAUGCUAGCUCAUUUGCUGAAGGUGUUAGAAUCUUGGUUGUGGAAAGUGAUCCUACAUGCCUCAGAAUUGUGUCAAAAAUGCUUCAGGCAUUUGGAUAUGAAGUUACAACUGCUACACGAGCCACUGAUGCAUUGCACAUUUUACGGGAGAAAGAAGAUGAAAUUAACCUUAUUCUGAUAGAAACUCACUUGCCUGAUAUGGAUCAAUAUGAGAUCAUUGAGACAGUGAGAGCAAUGUCUUCUUCUUUGCCCAUUGUCGUUUUUUCAGCUGAUAACAAUGUGAGUGCCAUGUUAGGCUGGCUGUAUAAAGGGGCUGCACUUUAUCUUAUGAAGCCAAUCGUCAAGGAUGAUGUAAAAAACCUUUGGCAGUUAACAUAUAGAAAGAAAAAAAAGACAGCUGUAUCUAGCGUAGGAUCAAACAGCUUUCAUGCUGGGUUGGCAGAGGAGAAUGCUUCAAGUGUGACCGCAGGGAUCCCAUCACUCUUAAGUACCACGGGGCAGAGUGACCAAAUGGGAAAAAGAAAGGAGCUAGAAGAGACAGAUAACGAUGAUGAAGAUAAUGACAAUUUGACUGUUCUAAAGAAGCCAGAGCUUGUUUGGACUAAUGAGCUGCAUAACAGAUUCUUGCAAGCUAUCAGGAUAUUAGGCGUUGAUGGUGCCCAUCCUAAGAAAAUACUUCAGCACAUGAAUGUCUCGGGGCUAAAGAAAGAAAAUGUUUCAAGCCAUUUACAGAAAUAUCGUCUUUCCUUGAAGCGGGAACAAGAUACAACACAGAAGACCAUGAUUAGAGAUCACCAUCCUUCAUUGACUUUGAAUUUACAAGGAGGGUUUUCUCAAUUCACAAACCCGCAAUUCUUCAUGGCAAUAUCUCAAUCAGAACACAGAAACAAUAUCCAGAAUAAUCUCUGUAGUCCUGUGUCAAUGCAUUCCCUUUUUUCUGCACAUUCUCUUACUCGAGUGAACACAAACUAUGAUGGCAUGUUGAUUCCUAGCUAUGGGCAACAAAGCAAACAGCUAGACCGUACUUACCCCAAUUGCAGUCAUACUGGAAUUGGGACUACUAAUGAUGGGAACUUUGCAAGUUUAGGACAGAAAGGAAAUCAUAAUGUGGAAGAACAUCUCAAUCAAGGAACCACUUUCUCCAAUGUCGGAACUCAUGGCCCAACAUUUCUGGGCAACUCUCAGCAGCAGCUGCAGUUUCCACUGCUACAACCUCAACCACUUCCAGAGAAGGAAGAUGAAUCUGACAUUCCCAAUAUCGUAACAGAGGCAAGGAAUGAGUUGUUGGUGAUGAAAAAUGAGUUCCUUGACUAUCCUAAUAAUGAUCUCUGGCUCUGAAGUGGCCAUGGAAUCCGAGAUUGGCUUUGAUGCUUUAUAGAAUGGAGAGCAAGAUCCCCGAAAACUUUGAAUCUGGCCAUGGUCGACCAGCAGAAGCCAAAGAAAGGGUGCAAUUGUUGGACACGUUAUCUCUCAGUUUGACAUUAAGUUUUACAAUUAAUAAGUUGUUAAAAUACCUCAAUGAGGGUUCUGUUAUUUGGAUGCUGUUUCCUUGUUUGCCAUGCCGAUAAAUUAGUGACUGUUUGUUGUUA